CUGAAGCUCAUUUCCGAGAACACCGGCGUUUCCGGCGAGGUCAUCCUCUCAGAGAGCCUCAAGGCAGAAGGCGACUGGGGCUACGACGCAGAGGUCGGCGAGUUCGGCCACCUGCUCGAGCGCGGUAUUAUGGACCCGGCCAAGGUCACGCGCGCAGCCAUCGAGAACGCUGCCAGCGUAGCCUCCAUGGUGCUCACCACCGAGUCCCUGAUUACGGAUGUCCCGGUGCCGCAGUCCGCCGCGGCCCCCGCGAUGCCUCCGAUGGACUAUUAG